AUGAACAAAAUCCGGAAGCUUUUCCGAGGCAGCGGCAGAGCCUUCGCUUUUAUCUUCGCAGCCUCCAUCAUCUGGCUGCUCUUUGACAUGGCAGCGCUCAAGUUUUCAUUCAGCGAGAUCAACACCCGAGUCCUGAAAGAGGAGAUGAUCAGGAAGGAGAGGGAGAGAUUCAGAGUUUGGAGGAACCCAGAGGACGGCCCCGGCGGCGGCGGCGGCAGGUGGUCCAGAGAGAACCCCGAGGCGCCGCCGCCGCCCCCGACUGGCUUGGAAAGGGAUGAGAGAGGUGCUGAGAGGAACCACGAGGAGGAGGCGAACAGGGCUGAGGAUGGAGUGGGGAAAGGCGGGGAAAGGCAGAGACCGUCCACCCAAAGCCCCCAAGAAACGAUGGGGCUGCACAGGACAAUCCCAGCCAAGGCGUGGGGGAGGCCCCCUCAGCCCUCCUCCGCUGUUCUCUUGGAAAAGAAAGCGAGGGGGGCAGUCAGCGUCAGUAGCCCACCCCAAACAAAGCCAGCUCUUCAGAGGGGCGACCUGAAGCCCCCCUCAGCAGCAGAAGGGCAGCCCCUCGUCCAAAUGACCCACAGGGCAGCUCUUGUCAAAAGUGAAGUCGCUCAGGAAGUGCUCAAGCCGUUCCGCAAAGGAUCAAUGGGAAGAAAGGAGGUUUCCUUUAAGACUGGGUUGGUGGAUAAAGGCUCUUUGGCUGUACAGAAACAGGAAUUGCCAACUGGAAGCGAACCUAAGGAACCUCGAGAUAGCCUCCGAGUACUGAGGGCGCCAAAAUUUCCAGUAAACAGGACUGGGGGUAUAAAAAGUGUUGGAGGCGUUCGUGAAGCAACAAGGAGAGUGGAUUUACCUGGCGGCAAGCUAGCUACUUCAAAAGCAGCCGAGGAGAAGGGAGGGUCUAUGAAUGCAACAGGUCCAGGAAAGGUGCCAAAAGAGGAGGAUGCAAAAAUUGCACGUGCAAACGAGGUUCUAUCUGAAGAGCAAGUAGUCAUUAUAAGCAAGGAAGGAGCACAGGUGGUCCUUCCAGCAUCGCAGAAUCCCCCAGCCGAUGCCAAAGGAAAGAGAUUGAUAGAAAAGAAUAUACAACUGAUAGACGACAAAAGCAAAGAUAACCUGAAAGCAGUUAAUGUGACCAAAGCAGCUGGUCUUAUUAAGGUAGCGGCUACUAAAGCAAUUCUGGCUGAAGGAACAAAACUAGGGAAUGUUGACAGUGUCAAUUUAGUCGAUAAGGACCAAUUAAGGAAAAUCAAUCAUAGUGACAGUGCGAUCCAUUUCACAGAAAAUACUAAAUUGCACAAAGUGUUAGCCAUUGAUAGGACGCUUGGCCCAAGGGACCCCACAGCACCGGGUCAGUUUGGGCGUCCUGCUGUGGUCCCAGGUGAGAAACAAGAAGAGGCAAAAAGGAGAUGGAAUGAGGGAAACUUCAACGUCUAUCUCAGUGAUCUAAUCCCAGUAGACCGAGCCAUUGAUGACACAAGGCCCAUUGGUUGUUCGGAUCUUCUUGUCCACAAUGACCUUCCCACCACUAGCAUUAUUAUGUGUUUUGUUGAUGAAGUGUGGUCCACCCUCCUGCGCUCCGUUCACAGUGUCCUCAACCGCUCGCCCCCUCAAUUUAUUAAAGAGGUUAUUUUGGUGGAUGACUUCAGCUCAAAAGCAUACCUUAAGGACAAAUUAGACAAAUACAUGGCACGAUUCCCCAAAGUCCGUAUCCUUCAUCUCAAAGAAAGGCAUGGUCUAAUAAGAGCGAGACUGGCUGGAGCAGAGAUUGCUAAAGGUGACGUACUGACCUUUUUAGAUUCUCAUGUGGAAUGCAAUGUAGGGUGGCUGGAGCCACUAUUGGACAGAAUCCAUUUAAACAGAAAGAAAGUGGCUUGUCCUGUUAUUGAAGUAAUCAGUGACAAAGACAUGAGCUACAUGACCGUGGACAGCUUUCAACGCGGUAUUUUUACAUGGCCAAUGAAUUUUGGGUGGAAGCCAAUUCCUCCAGAUGUCAUUGAGAAAAAGAAGAUUAAGGAAACUGAUAUAAUUAGGUGUCCUGUGAUGGCAGGUGGGUUAUUUUCUAUCGAUAAGAAGUAUUUUUUUGAACUUGGAACGUAUGAUCCUGGCCUUGAUGUUUGGGGAGGUGAAAACAUGGAGAUUUCAUUCAAGGUUUGGAUGUGCGGAGGGGAAAUUGAAAUCAUCCCAUGUUCCAGAGUAGGCCACAUUUUCAGGAAUGAUAACCCCUACUCCUUUCCUAAAGACCGCCUCACCACAGUGGAGCAGAAUUUGGCCCGUGUUGCAGAGGUUUGGCUUGAUGAAUACAAAGAUCUUUUCUAUGGACAUGGUUACCACCUCAUCCAAAAAAACCUGGAUGUUGGAAACUUGACCCAGCAGAAAGAAUUGAGGAAGCAGCUUCAGUGCAAAAGCUUCAAGUGGUAUCUGGAGAAUGUCUACCCCGAUUUGGAGGCCCCCCUUGUUAAAGCUAGUGGGCUGAUAAUUAACAUAGCGUUGGCUAAGUGCAUCACCGUGAAUCAAUCUAGUCUGACCUUUGAGACAUGCGACGUUAAUAACAAGCACCAAAAGUUCAACUACACAUGGCUGAGACUGAUCCAGCAUGGAGAAUCCUGCGUGGCACCAAUGGAAGCUAAAGGGACACUGGGCCUGCACCCUUGCGAUAAAAGAAACAAUAGCCUGAAAUGGCUGCAUAAAUCACUGGUAGCUUUUCAUCCAGAACUCAUGGAUCACAUUGUUUUAGAACACCUUCCGCGGGCCACAUGUUUGGAAGUGGAUCCGUCUCAGAAAGCCCUGCGGGCAAACAUUUGUUCCUCAUCCAGUCUUUAUCAGAAGUGGCAGUUUGGAAAUUAUUAUGCCGACUGAAGAGAAGGAUGAGCAAACCAGACACUAGAGCUGCUUUGUAAUUCAGCAAAUUCAAGAAUGACAGCUGUGAGACGCCUGACAGCAGCAAGCACAAAACUGGCAACUCACUUCCAAGCUGCAAUUGAAAACCCGUCAAUGUUAAAAAGAAGCAUAUGGAAUGAUCAGAAGAUGGAGGAAGAACACAGCUGGCUCAGUGCAAGCCAGGCGUGUCACCUCCAGGGACGCUUGGCAGGAAUCU